AUGAUCAAAGGCUCUGGUGGCGGCGGCGGCGCUGCGGCAAAGCAGCGGCGCGGGCGGCCGCCGCGGGAGCAGCGGGCGGGGCAGGAGCAGCAGCAGCGGCAACAGCAACACAAGCAGCACGAGCAGCGAGGGCAGCAGGAGGAGCGAGGGCAGCAGGAGGAGCGAGGGCAGCACGAGCAGCAGGAACAGGGGCAGCGGCGGCGGCAAGAACAGCACCCACACCACGACACGCAGCAGCACCACCAACAACAGAGCCCAGAGCAGCAGCAGCAGCAGCAGCAGCAGCAGCAGCAGCAGGAGCAGCAGCAGCAGCAGCAGGUGCGGCAGUGGCCACACCAGCAGCAGCAGCCGCCUCAGCAGCUGCAGCAGCCGCAGCAGCAGCCGCAGCAGCAGCAGCAGCAGCAGCAGCAGCAGCAGCAGCACACCACCCACCCGCCGGCGGCGCCCACGCCGCAGGGGGCGCCCUUCUCCCCCAUCAAGUUUGAAGGGCUCUUCCCCUCAGGGGCGGCCGGGCCAGGGGCGGGUCUCCCCACAGGCAGCACCCCUCUGGGCACCUUUGGCGCCGGCGCCGCCGCGGCCGGCGGCGGCCGUGCAGGCAUCCUUUACGUGGACUUGGUGGGGGCCGACGGCGCCGACGGCGCCCGCUGUACCACCCGCGCGCUGCGGCGGCGCCUGACGCGAGUCCAGAACGAGAUCGCCGGCCGCGCAGCCGCCGCGGCCGCAGCAGCCUGCGCCAUGCCGGGCGACGGCGGCUGCGCCGAUGCCGGGGCCGAGGCGGGUGCCGCGCGAGCUGAGGCUGAGGCGGCGGCGCGGCGGCAGGCGUUGGUGGACUUGGUGGAUGACAUGCUAUCAGACCUGGUCGCGGCGGAGCGGCUGCGGCGCGGCGGCGGCGGCGGCGGCGGGGAGGGCGGCGGCGGCGGGGCUUUUGAUGUGGAGGCGGCGAUCGCUGAAUAUGACCUGACCGGGGCGCUGGAGGCGGCCACCAAUUUUCGGCUGUCUGAGGCGCAGCUGGCGCGGGUGCAGCGGCGGAUGGAGGACAACCGCCAAGACAUGCGGGAGGCGCUCGGCCCGCCUCUGCAGUGA